GGAUCGAGACGACACAUCACAUUACCUUCCGAUUCUGAAUCUUUCAUCAUGCCCCAGCUCUACAGGCGAGAAUCACAGAGUAAUGAUGUGGAAUCUUCAGAACACUUGGUACCAACAGAUGUGGACGAUUCCAUCGUCCUAUCAGAUCUUGUUCGCAGCGGCGAAGCAUCCAGAUUGCGGAGAAGAGGCGCAAUGCGACUUGAUCAUAAUGUCGUCAACGCCCAGCGUGCAGAAGCUGGACGUGUCACUCCGCCAUGGCCAGGAGUGAGGGUGGAAAGGUCGCCAUCAUGGAUUGAAUCUCCUAGCGAUGACGAAGAGUCAAACCAGAACUGGGAGCAAAGCUACGAUGCGCCGCUGUCGCCGCAGACGGACUCAGUUGCUGCGGUAGGGCCAGACCCAUAUUGCCACAUAUUAUUUUGUGGUGGGGACGAGCAGCAACCAUGUUUAAACAGGCCCUCGACCUAUGUUCUGUCGCCGCUUCCGUCAUAUCCACCGCCACCGCUUCCGAGCGGCUAUCAGUCAUCCAGAUGGCAAACCAAUGGAUGUGGCGCUGUAGUUCAUAUGCGAGCUUCGCGCCGGGGCAACACUGGUGUGUGGAUAGCUAGGAACGAUGCAACAUCUGCUGUCGUUCCAUUAGACACAUCAUACUUUGAGCGUGCCGCGGUUAUCCGAAUGGUUCGCAGUGCAUGCGGAUGUCUUCGUGAAGGGGUUGGAUGUGCUAUUUGCGGAAAUCCGUUAGGGUCUAGGUAUAAACCAUGCCAGGCUGCAGCAGAGGGUCUCUUUGCUUCUCGACAUCACCCUUCGGGCCCUCUGAUUCCUGAAGGUCCUAGGUAUUGGCAUGCGCACUCAUCACCUCUGCAGCAUGCACAAUCCUACGUAUAUACCUUUUUCGCCGAGAACGUGACAUCUACACCGACACACAUGACGGCUCAGGACGACUGUCCGUCUCCCGCACUACAACAAGAUUUCCUGUCGCCUAUCGAUAACCCAUAUUCCACGUUUUUUGAUCAAAUUGUCACCACUUCGCCUUCACCCAUGUCAAAUCGUGGGCGUGAUAGCCCUGACUCGGAUGCUUCGUCGCACGCCGAGCAACAGUUUGAUCCAGACGGCGUGUUCAUCGCUGCUGAUCCUGGAUCACCAGACAAAAUAGGUACUGGUUUGACACUCGCCCCUGAGCGGUGAUACCUUCCAUGAUAACUUCCACGACGAACUCUCUGUUUGGUAUUGAUAUUAUUUGGCGGCAUUGGACGCUCCAGCUCAUUCUCGCAUUUUAAAUGUAUCUUAUUGGAUCUGUUAUCAUUACCC